AUUAUUAGUCACGUGUAUGGAAAAACCAAAAAAAGGAUUAUAUGAUAAUGCCGUUGGCAAUGUGUAGUUAAUUGUGACAACACGGAAGAUAUUACAGAAUAACUUAUGCAUGUCUCCCAACCAGAGGUGAGCGACUGCCAUUACAAUGUUACACUUCAGACCAGUACUUAUCGCCUAUCUGCUGGGUGACUGGACUUCAGGUUCACUGAUAGAUGUUUCUGCUUCGGACAGGUGCGGACAAUAUCUGCAUUUUGACGAUGAUUCCAAAUAUUUCAUCAUCUGGAACAGUGAAAAGGACGAAUGUGAAGUUAGAUUUGCUAACUCGAAUGAAGACAGUAGUAUCUGUGUAAGAGCUCAGGAGUUCUCUGUCGACUGUAACUUUGAGCUGAGGCUGACCGAAGGUCUUGGAGUUAUUCCAGUCAAGACUUUUACCUGUCUUUACAACACCAGCAGCAUCCAAUACUGUUCACAGAAAGGCAGAAGCCUUAAUGUCCAGUUUUUUACUGUCACGUCCUCGUCAUCAGAGGUAUCGGUAAUCGUCAACCAAACGAAACCCGCAGAACGACAUAAUCCAUUUUUGCUUCCUGUCGUUUCAAAAAUAGCUAUUAGCUGUUUUAUCUUUGCGUUACUCACGGUAUCAUCUGUAUUUGUGUACGUAAGACGGGCAGUAAUCUUCCGUAACAAAGGGUGUGGCUGUACGGCCCAGACCGCCACACCAACACCAAAGGCCCCACUCAAUGGAGGGUCUUCAGAAACAUCGGGCAUGCUUUGUUCUGUCUGAAAACUAACCAACCAAAGAUUUCAUCAGGGGAAGCCUUCAGAUUAAGAUGUGUAAGGAGUGGAAUCCGCAGACGGAUAUCGCGUCCAGAUCUUUACAGUUCGCAAUGUAAACAUACAACUCUAAAACAUUUGUGGUUUCAAAUCAAAACGUGUUUAUUGCGUCCAGAUCUUUACAGUUCGCAAUGUAAACAUAAAACUCUAAAACAUUUGUGGUUUCAAAUCAAAACGUGUUUAUUGUGGCCGGAUCCUUACCGUUUACAAUGUAAAUAAAAUGCUACAAUAUCAA